AUGGAAAAAUCGGUUGCGAAGGCAUUGUGUUUGUUGGAAACAAUUUUUCCUCAAAGUUGGUGUGAUUCGAUGGAACACUUGGUUGCGCAUUUGGCGGGAGAAAUAAGACUUGCCGGACCUGCUUACUGGCAUUGGAUGUAUCCAAUUGAGCGUUUAUUGGGGAAACUAAAACAAAAGGUCGGUAAGAAAGCAAGAGUUGAGGGUUCGAUUGCCGAACGAUAUAUGGAGGAGGGGAUUGUCAAUAUUUGUUCUUUUUACUUUGCAUCUGACUCGAUUCACAAUAAAUUAAGUCGUAACGAAGUUUUGUUUGAUGUACAAAAGACCGAUAAAUUAGAAAUUUUUAAAUAUCCAUGUGAAUCUCUUGGAAAAGAACGAAGUCGAUAUUUGAAUGAUGAUGAGCAAUUAUUAGUUGAUGAAUAUGUUCUUCUAAACUCUCCUGAAGUUCAACCUUAUCUAAGGAGGUACCAAGAUCGAGUUAUGAGACAACGUCCUCAGACAACGCCUCAACAAUUAGAUCAUAUUGUGAAAACUCGAUUCAAAGAUUGGUUUAAGAAAAAGGUUGAGAAACACGAGAUAGACGGACCUCGUUUCAUGGACUUGCUAGAAAGACCGGCAUUAAAGGACGCUUUUCAAGAAGAUAGAUUUAAUGCCGCUAGCUCAUUUUCACUAUUUGUUGAUUUUGCACAAUAUGGACAAAUACCAUUUAUUCUGCAUGAAAAUCAAGAUGAUGAUUAUGAAGAAGACGAAUUGCGAGAUGAUGAAAAUCAAGAUGAUGAUGAUGUUGAGCACAAUGAAGAAGAGGAAGAUGAUAAUGAAGAUGAUGAUGAAGAUAAUGAUGAUGAUCAUGAAGAUGAUGAUGAAGAUGAUGACGGUUUUGAUAACUUUCAAUGA